AGAGAUCAGACGCGGCGGAGAGUGGAGGAGAUGAUCAAUGCAUAAAUUCCUUCUUCUCCUUUUUUCACUCUUCUCUCAUUUGAUUGGCUUCCUACACAGCUUCUUCAUCAUGUCUUGUCCUCUCCAUCCGAAGCGUCUCUUCCUCUGCUUACUUAUUUCUCUCGCUUUCUUCGUCGUCGACCCUUCAUCGCAGCAUCUCGAGAUCAAGAAGAAACAAAUGCGAGAGAAAGUACGCGAGAUGUUCUAUCAUGCGUAUGACAAUUACAUGACUUAUGCAUUUCCGCAUGAUGAGCUAAAGCCUCUAACAAAAAGUUUCACAGACUCCCUCAGUGAACUUGGAAAUCUUAAGCUUGAACACCUGCCAACAGAUUAUAAUGGAUCAGCUGUUACUCUUGUUGAAUCCUUAUCCAGCCUUGCUAUAUUGGGGAACAGUACAGAAUUUGAAAAAGGGAUUCUCUGGCUCUCAGAAAAUCUUACAUUUGAUAUUGAUGCCCGGGUCAACCUUUUUGAGUGCAAUAUAAGAGUUCUUGGAGGACUCAUCUCUGCUCAUCUUCUUGCAAUUGACCCAACUAAUAGGUUGAUUCAGGGUUCCUACAACAAUCAGCUUCUUCGAUUAGCUGAAGAUCUUGGAAAACGCUUUUUACCAGCGUUUGAAACACCUACAGGAUUACCAUAUGCAUGGAUUAAUUUGAAGAAUGGAGUAAUGGAUAAUGAGACAACUGAAACAAGUACUUCAGGAUGUGGUUCUCUCAUUCUUGAAAUGGGAUCAUUGUCACGGCUCACUGGUGACCCUAGAUUUGAAUCAGCUGCACUACGUGCGCUUCGUCAGCUAUGGAGGAUGCGAAGUUCGUUAGAUCUGCUUGGGACGACAUUGGAUGUGGUAACUGGGGAAUGGAUAGAGUACUCCUCCAGCAUUGGAGCUGGGGUUGACUCUUUCUAUGAAUACCUCUUGAAGGCUUAUAUUCUUUUUGGAAAAGAAGACUACUGGCGAAUGUUUCGUUCUGCUUAUCUGGCAUCUCAGAAGUACUUCAGACAUGGGCCUUGGUACCAUGAAGCUAAUAUGUGGAGUGGAAAACCAACUUACUGGCAGCUCACAAGUCUUCAGGCGUUUUGGCCUGGUCUACAGGUUCUUGUUGGAGAUAUCGCAGCUGCAAAUUCAUCGCACCGCGAGUUUUUCCAUGUUUGGGAAAAGUUUGGUGUAUUACCUGAGAGGUAUCUACUGGAUCAUCAAAUAAUACAUCCGACAAUGAAGUACUAUCCAUUGCGUCCUGAAUUAGCAGAAUCCACGUUCUACCUAUACCAAGCUACAAAAGAUCCAUGGUAUCUAGAUGUUGGUGAAACAAUUGUAAAAUCUCUUAAUCUGUACACAAAAGUGCCAGGGGGAUUUGCAAGUGUUAGAGAUGUGACGACCAUGCAAUUGGAAGAUCAUCAGCACAGUUUCUUUCUCGCUGAAACGUGCAAGUACCUAUAUCUUCUCUUCGAUGACUCAUUUGUGGCCAAAAGGAAUUAUAUAUUUACAACCGAGGGCCAUCCUAUACAGGUUCUGAGGUCCUGGCAUGAGAAACUACCAGAAACUUAUUUCUCAGGCAACUGGACCCUUUCAAAGAGUGGAGCAUGGGAAAGUCGAGCAAGCGCAUUGUCACUGCAAGUCUGUCCAUCAAUAGCCCUUAACUCUAGACGUCCUGAGCAACACAGAGAGAGUGCUUGCCAUGUUCCUGACGAGCAAAUCAAUCAUAAGUGUUGGAGCAACAAAGAGUGCGGAGUUGAUGCCACUACUUGUAGACUAAGAACCUGCAGCGGGGUUGGAUACUGCGGCUUAUGGAAUCCCUUAUAAAUUUUGACACAAAACAGUGGGGUUUUGGGUUUCAGUAAAGGAAAGAGAAGAGGUGGGGUUUAUGAACUGAAACUGUAAAUUAAUGUGAAAUGACAAA